CGAAUCAUUCGACCGAAGGACCAUUUACAUUUUAUGCUUCGAAAAUUCCUCUUGGCUAACGUUGCACUAUGACUACAGACCAAGAGGAAGACGGAACUUGGAUAUUUGGCUACGGUUCUCUCAUAUGGAAAGCUGAAUUCCCUUACGUCAAGUCUAUACGAGGUUGCGUGAAAGGCUGGUGUCGAAGAUUUUGGCAAGGUUCCAUAGACCAUCGAGGAACACAAGAUGCUCCCGGAAGAGUUGUCACUCUUGUGCCAGCAGAAACUGUACGUUCCAUGGGGCAAGCCUAUACUGAUGAAAGUUUUGUGACAUGGGGUGUCGGUUACCUAAUCAAGAAAGCAGAAGUUGAGAAAGUUUUGCAGUACUUGGACUAUAGGGAAAAGAAUGGUUAUUCGAAAGUAUUGGUGGACAUAUAUGAAAAGGAAGACGCUGAACUUCCAGUUGUGAGAGAUGCACUUAUAUAUAUUGCCUCGGAAACCAACAGACAAUGGCUCGGUCCGAGUGACGAGAAAGUGAUGAUUGAGCACAUUUUCAAAAGUAGAGGUCCGUCAGGAAGCAACAGAGAAUAUUUCGAGAAAUUAGUCGACUCUAUGCGCUCAUUUGGUAUUUAUGAUGCGCAUUUGGAAUCCCUCACAAGUGUAGCACAACAACAAAUCGAAACCGCCUUUCAAUAAAAUUGGGUUUUUGGCGCUUCCAUGUCUGCUGAUUUCAAGUCCUUUGAUCCUCUCAUACCGAUAAGAAUUGACUUGACUCUUUCAGGAAGAAGAUUUGUCGACACAUUCU